AUGGCUGAAAACACUCGGAUGCGGGAUGUAACUCAACGACUGGAGACAUUGGAACAACAAACUCACCGCUUAGACAUGCUGGAACAACAAUUGCGUUCAGCUGAAUUAGUACGUGAACAACAACAUUUGGACCUACAAGAGUCCAACGCUCAGUUACAGGAGUCUCAGACUCAAAUCAAGCUAGCAUUACAGCGUAUACUUGAUGGGCAACAUUCUGGUGGUUACUCUCAUUCUGGUCUACUUGGUUCUGGCCCGGGGUCAAAGUCUAACGCUAGCAGUUCAGAUCUGGGCAAACAACGUCCAUUUAAACUCAUUUUUCCCAGAUUUUCUUCUGGUGACCCAACCUCUUGGCUUUUUUCUGUGGACAAAUAUUGUCAGUAUUAUCAAAUUGGUGAUGAAGAACGAUUACUAAUUGUGUCGUUCCAUUUGGAUGAUCCCGCGGCUUGCUGGUUUAGGGGUCUUAGUGAUGAGGGUUUACUCCCAACUUGGGCUUCAUUUAUCACAGCGUUACACAGACGGUUUGGCCCUUCUGAAUUUGAUGAACCCAUUGGUGCCCUAGCUAAGUUACAACAACAGGGUUUGGUUAUUGAUUACCAAUCUACAUUUGAAGCUGCUGCCAGUAAGGUUCCUGGUUUAUCAGCCACUAUGAAACGUGGUCUUUUUAUUUCAGGACUCAAACCUCGCAUCCGUCGUUCAGUGCUCACUCAACGCCCUACGGAUUGGCAUGAAGCAUUAGCCUUAGCCAAAGUUUUUGAGGACCAGCAAUUUGACGAAAAACCCAUGCGGCCUUGGCUUGCUCGACAGCCCACAGCCACUACUCCCACUUCCCAACACCAGUUUUUGUCACCACCCAAAAUCAUUACUCCAUUGGGCCUCACAUCCACCAUUCAACCUAAACCAAUACCCGCUAUUCCUAUUCGCCGUUUAUCUCCAGCUGAGAUGCAAGUAAGGAGAGAAAAAAAUCUUUGUUUCAAUUGUGAUGAAAAAUUCGUUUAUGGACAUAAAUGCAAAGCACGGGCUUCCCUAUUGUUUUUGGAAGGCCCAGAAGAAGAUGAGCCCCCAGAUCCCAUAGUCCCAGAUCCCACGGAACCUGAACUACAAUUGGAAGAACACAAUGAUACCCCGGAGAUAAGUUUCAAUGCCUUAUUUGGUACUUAUUCUUCGAAAUCAUUCUGUUUAACUGGUUCUAUCUUUGGCCAAUCCAUCCAAAUUUUAAUUGAUGGAGGGAGCACACAUAAUUUCAUUACACCGAGAGUAGCUACUCAUUUGCAUUUAACUCUGUUAGCUGUUCCACAAUUUAAGGUACAAGUGGGGAAUGGCGAUUCCUUAACCUGUUCAGCUAUGUGCCAAUCUGUUCCUUUAAAUAUUCAAUGUAACAAAUUUCCAUUGGAUUUGUUUGUUUUGGAAUUACAAGGAGCUGAUAUUGUGUUAGGUGUUCAAUGGUUGGCUACAUUAGGACCUAUUCUGACAGAUUACCACAACAUGACAAUAGGCUUUACGCACCAAGGGAAACAUGUCAGCCUACAUGGUGACCAACGCAUUGCUGCCAGUUUAAUUACUUCCUCACAAUUGCAAAAAUUGUUAACACAAAAGUCCCUGGAUUCAUGUCUCAUGUGCUUAUCUGUUGUGACUACACCUAAGACAGCGACCUUACCACCUCCUACAAGUGUGGAUCAGAAUCCAGAUGUUCAGCAAUUAUUGGACCAAUAUAGGGAUGUCUUUGCAACUCCAUCUUCCCUACCCCCUGAUCGGCCCAACAAUCACAAAAUUCAAUUAAUCUCUGAUGCAAAGCCUGUCCAAGUUAGACCAUACAGAUAUCCUCACUUCCAGAAAAAUGAAAUAGAAAAAUUGGUUUCCGAGAUGUUGCACAAUGGGUUAAUUCGUCCUAGUCACUCAGCUUUUAGUUCCCCGGUUCUAUUGGUCAAGAAAAAAGAUGGGACUUGGCGCUUCUGUGUUGAUUAUCGUGCUCUAAAUGCUGUAACUGUGAGUGAUAAAUUUCCAAUUCCCACAAUUGAUGAAUUGAUGGAUGAAUUACACGAUGCCACAAUUUUCUCAAAGCUGGAUCUACGCUCAGGAUAUCACCAAAUUAAGAUGCAUCCUACAGACAUACAUAAACCAGCAUUUCGCACACAUCACGGCCACUACAAAUUUUUGGUCAUGCCCUUUGGAUUGUCAAAUGCACCAUCGACUUUUCAGGCUACCAUGAAUCAGGAGCACAUUAACCAUUUACAGCAGGUCUUACUAAUUUUAAGGGAAAAUUCUUUGUUCGCAAAGUUGUCCAAAUGUCUGUUUGCCCAACCAUCACUUCAAUUUUUAGGACACAUUAUUUCUGGUGAAGGCGUAGCACCUGAUCCCAGCAAAACUCAAGCGAUUCAGAAGUGGCCUAUUCCUCAAUCUGCAACUCAAGUUAGAGCCUUCUUAGGCCUUUCCGGGUAUUAUCGUCGGUUUAUCCGACAUUAUGCUUCCAUUGCAGCACCGUUAACAGACCUCCUAACAAAAGAUGGGUUCCGCUGGUCAUCAGCGGCAUCAGAUGCCUUUGUCAAGCUCAAAGCUUCGAUGACAGACACGCCAAUAUUAGCAUUGCCCAAUUUUAAGGAACCCUUUAUUGUGGAGACAGACGCUUCAGGAAUUGGAGUUGGUGCAUUUUUGUUACAAAACAAUCACCCAAUUGCGUUCUAUAGCAGGAAAUUGGCACCCUCUAUGCGCACCAAAUCCACAUACAUACGUGAGAUGUUUGCAAUCACAUCUGCAGUAGCCAAAUGGAGACAGUACCUGUUGGGAGUACCGUUCACCAUCCGCACAGAUCACAAAAGCUUGCAUAACCUUAUGAAUCAGGUUAUCCAAACCCCGGAACAACAAUCGUUCCUGUCAAAGCUACUGGGCUUUGAUUACACUAUUACAUACAAAUCUGGUAAAGCCAAUAUUGUGGCCGAUGCUUUAUCCAGACAUCCAGAAGGGGUUUCUGAUUCAAACACACCCCAUCUGGCUGCUUUGAGUGGCGCAAUUAGUGAUUACAAAUCCCUACUCCUACAAGAAUUACAACAAGACCCAUAUUGUGCUACAAUAUUAACAGAAUUACAAACAGAGCCAGCAAAAUGGAAUCAUUGGAAAAAUAAAGAGGGGUUGUUGUUCUUUCGCAAUAGAAUUGUGUUUCCAUCUGCGUCGUCCAUCAUCCCUUAUUUAUUACAUGAUCUCCAUACUUCAGUACAAGGGGGUCAUUCUGGCCUCACUGGUACUCUGCAGAGGAUUGCCCAAAGUUUCACCUGGAAGGGAAUGAGAAAAACAAUACGGCAGUAUGUGGCCAACUGUGAAAUCUGUCAAAAAAUCAAACCUCCCAACCAUUCUUCUCCAUACG